GUUAUAAACCGUCACUUGCGCUUGCCAAAAUAUUUUAAAUUGUGACAGAAAAUGGAUUCGUUUUGUGAAUUACCUCGAAGUGCACCUAAACCGUCUACAAUUGGAAAAGUUCCUAUUAUUGCAUCUGCUCCAAUUGUACCAGAAGUUUCAAUGAUCUUCCCAAAUCGUUCGAAAACCACUGACAGCACAGCCGACAGUGUCUAUUUAUCAUAUAAAGCUUGGAAAGAUCAUAAUAAAAAGGACAAUUCUCAAGUUGGUAACAAUAAAGGAUGUUCACAGAAUUCUCAAAGAAAGCAAUUGAGGUUUGAUAACAUAUCGCUCGAGCGAACUCCUGAGAUGUCUGCACAACCAACAAAUCGACCUGAACCUACACAUUUUACACAAAAUAAAAAUAUACCCUUUAAUCAGAUAUAUAUGGCUAAUAUACCUAAUAAACAAUUGGAAUUAAGCAUAUUAGACUCUAACCCUUCACAUAUGAAGAAUAUUGAAAAUAUAGACCCUAAUAUACCAGCCGCAGAUAUGCCAACAAGACAUUAUCUUAACGUUGAGAAAGUAGUUACUGAAUCAAAGUCGAAUAAAGCUAAACAAGAUCAGUUUAGCACUGCCUAUGACAGUUGGUUUUCUAAAGAAAGAUUGCCGAGAUUUAGAGGUACUAACGAAAGUGGUAUCACUGAAAAAAAUCGUGUUGUGGACCUGUACAAUCAGAAAACUGAUCCCACUAUUUCCAGUGAUCCAGUUUCAGGUUUUUCUCAUAAUGCAAUUAGCACAAGGGACAAUGUCGGUGGAUGCAAUUGCCAAAGGGAUAACAACGAUCAAACAAUAAAAGAUCUUUUAAAAAUAAUACAGCAAUUAAAUGAACAAAUUAUAAUUUUACAAAAACAAGUUACAACCCUUCUCAACAAUCAGGUACCUUCAAAUCCAAGACAAACGGUACCCACUGAUAAUUAUAACAUUUUUAAUGAAGAUUAUAAAACAAAUUUGCAAUCAGAUCAACAUCAUCAUGGUUUUCUGCCUAAAAAACCGGGUUUGCAACAAAUCUCAUUAGAUGUCAUGACCAGUUUUGAGGUGUCCAUUCGCAGACCUCCAAACUCUAAUAAAAUGUGCAAUAAUUUACCUUAUCCGCCGAAGAUUUGCGAAAUAAAUGAAACCGAAUGCAAUUCCUCUAACGGAAACAUCCUGGAUGGUAUUCCCAAACCAAACGAUACGGAUCUGUCAUUCUCUUUAAGCGAACCACAGUUACAAGUUAGAGAGAAUUGCCCGACGCCUGUUAAUAGUAUCCGAGUUGAUAUGAAAGAUUACAGUUCCGACAGCGAAGAGGAUGAGAUCGCUAAUCCUGCCUGGACUUUCUACAACAAUAUUAUGGCGCAAGUGAAUCAUAUAUUAAAAAAAUCUGGUAUUCAACCGACAAAUAUUCCUCCUUGUGAAGUUGAACUAGACUCAAAUGAUGUAAGGAAACAAAAAAUGAUGAGAAAAGUAAAGCAGGCGACGAUAAAACAUUUAAACAGUAUUGGAGUGCAUAUACCAUCUACUGAAGCCACAGAUGAAUUCGACGAGCCCUCGAUGUGUAACCAAAAUGACGUCAGUUUUGCUGUGAAACAACUAUUAAUGAAAUACUUGCCCAAUGAUCAAUUAACUAGAGUAGCGCACAAUAAACAGGGUUAUCAAAAUGUGAAACAAUCAGCAAAUAUAAAAAGAAGGCCAGAGUUUUCUAUCGCUACCGUCCAGUAUAUGCAAAAGUACAAUCUUUUGAAUGAAAAACCCGAAGCAGUUUCUGCACCAAUUCACAUUCUUGAACCGAAGCCACACUUUGAUCGAAUUUUAGACGUGACUGCUAUUAAAAAGCAACCAAAACUGCUAUAAAUUAGUGCUGAAUUUAAUUUUAUUGACAUUUUAGAUUAUUUGUAUACAAUGGUUUUAUUGAACUGUUUCCAUUAAAGUUGCUAUUUUCAAUUUGCA